AUGGAAUCAUCAACCGUAACGGAGACGACCUUUCUGCACCACGACGAGAACGAGACAGAGUCAACAGAGUUCCAGAAGAAUCAGAAACGUUACCAAAACCUCAUCGACACGUUUCCUCACGAGAAAGGCUGGUUCUUCCGAAAUCGUCUUGAAGGUUGCCUUUACGCGCAAGAGUUCUUCCAAGCGCGACCCAUUGACUUCUUCAUCUGUAGGGUCAAAGCUCUUAGUUUCGCCAUAGCCAAUCGAUCUCACUUUGACAAAUCCACAAACCUUCUACUUAAACAUAACCCUCAUGACCUUGUUCCUUUCAUUGGAGAAGAUUCUGCUCUUUUCCGUCAUAAGGAUGUUCAAACUGACAAAGGGAACACUCUGUUUUCGUCUCAUCUCCCACACAAUCUAUUACCCGAGUCGAUUUCAAAAUCGGGCUGUAAGAUAGUUUACAUCUGGAGAGACCCAAAGGACACUUUCAUAUCCUUGUGGAAUUUCAUUCAAAAGCAAAUGAUAGACUAUGGCCCUAUCAAUAGUCUUGAAGAGUCUUUUGAUAUGUUCUGUCGAGGACUUUCUGCUUAUGGUCCUUGUCUAGAUCAUGUUUUGUCGUAUUGGAAAGCUUAUCAAGAUAAUCCAGCUCAAAUGUUGUUUCUCAAGUAUGAGACGAUGAGAGCUGAUCCUUUGCCGUAUGUGAAAAGAUUGGCUGAGUUUAUGGGUUAUGGAUUCACAGCUGAGGAAGAGAAGGAAGGGGUUGUUGAGAAAGUUGUGAAUCUUUGCAGUUUUGAGACGUUGAAGAAUCUUGAACACAACAAAGUGGAGAAAGCAAUAGAGGAACGUGCUGGUCUUUUUAAUAGUGCGUUUUUCAGGAAGGGAAAGGUCGGGGAUUGGCAGAACUACCUGACUCCGGAGAUGGCCACUAGAAUCGAUGGAUUGAUGGAAGAGAAAUUCAAGGGCACCGGGUUGCUAGAAAAUGGUAAGUAA